CGGGGCGGAAGGGGGAGAAGCAUGUCUGCUCCGGGGGAGCCACAGCACCGGCAGUCGAGCCACCAUGUGGUGACGGCUACCACCGGAGAAAGGUUCAUCGUGUCGUCGCUGGCGUCGCGCAAGGACACGCACGUGAUCGCCAUCGACAAGCACACCGGGAGGCUGUCGUUUGAGGGCAGGCGAGGCGUGGACACGUUUACGUCGUCGGCAGAAGCACUGGCGAUGCUGACCGGGCGUGGGUAUGAGCUCGUGGAAAGUGCGCAGGUCGACGCAGUGGCCAUUGUCGGGUACAUUGUCCUCGGCUCGACCGGGUAUCUGCUGGUGGUGACCGAGGCGACGCCGUCGAUGCUUUUGUUCGACAAUCACACGGUGUACACCAUUGCGGCGUCGCGGUGGAUCGAGAUCCCACUGGAGCACCCCGCGCCGUGUUCCAAGGCCGAGGCCAAGGCCAUGGCGGCGCUCAUGGGCUAUCCGCUCGACUCGCUUCACUGCUUCUGCGAGUCGCUCGACCUGACGCGCCCGUUUCCGUCGGUGGAACCGGUUGAUUCGCCACAUCCAGCGUUCACCUACAACUCGUGGCUAGCCGAGCCGUUUGCCACGCUCGGCCUCCGCGGCUUUUGCGUCUCGCUCAUCCAGGGCGCGGCCAAGUCCAAGACCCUGGUCCUGCGCGGCGAGGCUGCUCCUCAGGGCCGGCGCGUCUCGCUCGGCCUCAUCACCAAAAAGUCGUGCCUCAAUCCGGGUACCCGCUACAACGCGCGUGGGCUGAACGACCUCGGCGAGCCGGGCAACGAGAUGGAGUGCGAGCUGAUCAUGUGGUGGCGGGCUGACAUCAGCGAGGGUGAGGGCGAGGGCGGGGGAAAGGAGAAGGAGGGUGCCGAAGACGGGGCGAGCGGCUCGACUGUUGCUGCACCCGACUUUGAGUUCUAUUCGUUUUGCUGGCGGCGCGGCACGGUGCCUGUUCGGUUUUCCAACGAGCUCAAGUCGUCGGUGGCGAUUGGGCAGGCGGCGAUGAUCAUCGGCGACGAGCCGUACAAGUCCGUUGACAAGUACUUUACUCGGCUACUCUCGCGCUACGGCGAGGUGCCGAUUUCGUGCAUCAACCUCCUCCGAGUCUCACCAGACUCGUCCGAGACUCUCCUCUCGGAACACUUCCAGACGGCGGUCCGGUCGCUGCGCGAGUCGAUGGCCAUGGAGCUCUCGCUCAUCAACUUUGACUGGCAUGGCAUUUUCAAGAUGCUCGGCCCGGACGAGACCAUCGGCGCACUGUGGCAGCAACUCUCGGUUCCGCUGGGUAGCAUGGAGGUGGCCACCGGCGCCAUUGAGCUUGUCGACAACCCGCGCUCGCCGUUCUCGUCGUUUACCUACCGUCUCGAGUCUGAGCAGGGCGCGCUGCUGCGAUGGAACUGCGCCGACUCGCUUGACCGGACGAAUGUGGCCUCGUUCUUUGCCUCGUUCCAGAUUGUGGGCGAGAUGCUGCGGCGUCUAGGGCUCGGGUUGGCGGUGCCCGCUCAAGCAGCGGCGGCGCUGGCGAGCGAUGGGCGCGACAACAAGUGGCCGCUGCUACGGGCAAGCCUGGCCGACCUGACAAGCUGGAUGGAGCCGAGCGUGCUGGCGGCGCUGGCUGAGAUGUUUGUGGCGCACGGCGAUGUGUGCUCGACGUUGUACACCAACUCGCCGGCGGCACACUCGUCAAUGAUCCGCAACUACUCACCUAACGUCAACGCGGCGCCCAACAACACGCUCAUUUCCAUCCAGCGGCGGUUCCAAAACGUGGUCCACGACUCGCAACGACACACGCUCUUCACCAUGUGGCUUGGGCUUGACAAGGCGCGGCACUUUCCGUCGCUGGUGGCCCGGGCCGGGCAGCUGCCGCGGGCGGUGUGGAUGUCGGGCCCGCCAGCGUCGUUUUUGGUCAAGCCGCUCUUCUCGCUCACCACCGGCAUUGGUGCGGCAUCGGCCGACGAUCUGCUGCAGCACUCGGACGCGGUAUGGGAGUGCAUAGAGGGCUCCGAGGUUGCCGAGCUGUACAUCUUCCUUCGUCGGCCGUGCUACGUAUCUGAGCUCUCGGUGACGUUGGUCCAGACCGCUGGGACGGUGGCGCCGGUCCUUGUGGACGUCUGGGCCGGCGAGCACGUCGACUCAUGUCGCAUCCUUUACCAGGCGCUGGCGCUUCCUGCAGUCAAGUCUGGGACGCGGCUGACGUUCCGCAUCGGCGCGGCGUCGGUCGAAGAGCGGGCCGGCCUGCUGUACGACUACAAGGGCGCCGAGCCGGGCGUCCGGGCGCCGGAGCGGUUUGUGCACGUCUCGUUCCGGGCGCCGCCGGGCCACAAGCCGAUGUCCCUCGGCGCCGUUGCCGUCUUUGGCACCUCGCUCGAGUCGACCGACGCGCUGGCGGCGUCAGCCGAGCUCGCGUCGGUCGGCCUCGCCUCGCGCGUCCUCGAGCUUACCCGCGAGCUUGGCGGCAGCAAGUCGCGGCGGCGGCGACGGCGAGCGACCAAGUCACCGCCGCCGGCGGACGCGGACACAGAUGCGGCCAAAGCGAGCACAGGCAGCCCGGAUGCCGGCACCAAUUCUGACGCCAUCGAAGCCGAUGCCGACGAACCUGGCGCGAGCGAGGCAGCGGAAGCCGCGCCCGGAACCGGGAGUGCGGCCGAUGUCGAGCAGUACCGCCAGGCGGCGGCACAGCUUGUGGCGUCCAAGACCAAGAUGACGCUGCUGGCGGCGCUGCAGCUCGACUUGCUGCGGCUGCAGCUCGGCCUGAGCCCGAGCCAGCGCGACGUUGCGCUGCUUGCGCUUGGUCUCCGACUCGAGUUCUUUGACCCGAACCGGUUUGUCAACAAGGUUGACGUCGACUUGGUCAAGCAGCUCGCUAAGAGCUCCAAGUACGCGAGCGUCAUCUGCUCCAACUCGGAGUGCACCAACAUGCUCUCGGCAUCUGGCAAGUCGUGCGGGCACUGCCUCCGGCGGUUCUGCCAGGACUGCCUCGACCCGGAGCGUCACGUCAUUGUCAAGCAUGUGACGUCGGUCAAGGAGGUUGUGUGCAUGCGGUGCGGCUCGGUUCUCCGCGACCAGCUUGGGGUGCUGGCACAGGUCGACGAGCUGGCGCGGGCACAGGCGCUGGCGCACUCGGAGGCCGCGCGGGCGCACCGCUCGCUCCUCCUCACCGCAGCUCGGGCGUCAACGCCGAACCUCGCGCCGUACCACGAGCAAGGCACGCUCUCGUCACUGGCCCAGUAUCCAGCGGCGGCGCUCCUGGCCUCGGUCCCGACCGCGGCCGAGAGCCACCCGGCCGAAGUGCUCCUCUUCUCGCCGCAUCCGUCGCUCGACGGGCUCGCGUGGCGGGGCCCGGACGGCGCGAAGGCGCUGGAUCUCAUGAUUGUCCUCUCGUCCGCGGCCAUGGUGCACUCGGUAACGAUUGUCGCCGAUGGCGCCGGGUAUGGCGGCGAGUCUGGCCGGCCCGGCAUCCACGUCGAGCUCGCGGCAGGCGCUACCAUUGUCGACCGAGCCAUCUGUGGAGCGUUUGACGUGACUGAGCUCGCGCCACGGGCGUCGCAUCGGUACGAACUGGACGCCCCGACGGCGCCGGUUCGGAUUCUCACGCUCACCCUCUCGCUGGCGGACGGCGAAGCGGUCGGAAACUAUCUCAGUGCCGGACGGGUGGUGGUCGAGGGACUCCCGGUCCCGACGCCCGUGGUCUCGCCGUCGCCGUUGCCGUACGCGCCGGCGCCGGCACCUUCGCCCGCGCUCUGCAAGAUCCUUUGGACCAAGACGCGCAACGCACGGCGGACGCUCGACUUUGGGGUGGAGCCGUUCACGCUCUCGGGCGUGGUCUUGACGGUCCGGCACUCGGACGACGGUCCUGCGUCGCAGGUCCGGCAGGUUCGCAUCGUGGCCUGCGGCGUUGACGCCAAGAAGCGCAUUUGCUCCCAGAUCCGAGUCGGCAUCUUUGUGGUGCCCAUGGCCCAGGUCGACACCGUCCUCGCCUUUGACUUUGAAAAGCCCGUGACCAAGGCCAACAUUGUGACCGUCGAGCUCCUUGCCUCGUACGGCGCCGGACCGGCCGAGCCGCCCAAGGUUAGCUUCUAUUGAUGAAAUGA